AUGUUAUCGACGAUCAUACACAAUCAUAAUGGCCAAGAAUAUUUAUACAAACCACCAUUGUAAAACUGGUCUAUACUUAGUUGCUGUGUCAGCCAGAGAUCUGCCAUAUAUUCAAAACUGGCCGUAUGGUAGGAGUGUCCAAAAAAGUACCCCAACCCCACCCAUUGGUGCCCUACAAUUUCAAAUGAAGUUACUAGUUCCCAAAGACUGAAGGAGAUAAGCAAGUGAGCAGAGGACCAGUACACUCUCAUUUUCCAGCCGCCCUCCAUGAUCUUUGCAGCGGUGUGAAUCUACUCAGCUGAUAAACACCAUACUCAAUACAUCACUUAUGGAGAACUCAUCCGAGCAGUCUCGUUGGGUGUCCCCCAGCCUGAUCAGUCCAGACCAAUUGGCAAACUACACCACAGAGCCCGGUUUACUGCCACCCGGUGAAGAUGAUGAGCCUUUCUACUCCAGCUCUGAGACUGACUUACUGCCAUCAUAUUAUUCCACUAGCGGACAGAGCCGAGCCUCGUCGUCUUACAGACACAGUCCAGUUCGCCAAGUCUACUCCUCUCAAUCAAUUCUGGGAAACAUCCAGUGGCUGGACAACUCUGCGGGUCACUCUCUAAACUCUCCCUACAACCCCACAUCCACUGUCUGGGCAAGCAGCCCGUUCACAAAGAUGCCUCUCCAUCCUCACACCUCCACGUCCAUCUACCCGAACAGCACUACCCCAUCUUUCACCUCCCCCAAAGAGGGCUUCCCUUCCCCGAGUCGUGAUGGGAAGGAAAGUCCCAGGCUCCAGGAAGUCCUGAAAGCUGAGCGCCUGAGUCCCAUGGGUGGAGGCGGAAACAGCUUUCUCAAUCUGAGUUCAGCCGCUGGAGGUGUGUACAGUCCUUCUUCUCACAUGCUGGGUCCAUACGGGUCGUACAUGACCACGUCACAGGACUAUAGUUCAGCGGCGCUCUAUUCUACCACGGGACCCUGGAUGAGCCCAUCAUUCUCACCCAAACUUCGCAACAAGAUGAGACUCUCGCCACCGGAGGCACGUGAAUGCGUAAAUUGUGGUGCCACUGCUACCCCCCUGUGGCGUCGAGAUGGGACGGGCCACUACCUCUGUAAUGCUUGCGGACUGUACCAUAAGAUGAACGGCCAGAACAGACCCCUCAUCAGACCAAAAAAGAGGCUGAUUGUCAGCAAACGCGCUGGAACACAGUGCGCCAACUGCCACACGAGCACUACGACACUAUGGAGACGCAAUGCUAGCGGCGAGCCUGUGUGCAACGCCUGCGGCCUCUAUUUUAAACUGCACAACGUCAACAGGCCUUUAACUAUGAAGAAGGAUGGAAUACAGACACGGAAUCGCAAGGUGUCUAACAGAAACAAGAAGGGCAAAAAGAGCGCAGUUUCAGAGGUUUACCCUGACAUGUCUCACAUUGCACCUCCUGAUGAGCAUGUAGGACCCUACUCUCUGAACCCAGGACCCCUCCUGUCCUACAGUCACACCCCUCACCUAUUGCCCCCUUCCACUUUGCACUCUUCUCCAAAUUUGCCCUACACCCACCACCCAAACUCUGGCAUGGUGCCCACAUUAGUGUGAAGGAAACAUCUAUUGGACCAUAACGAGGCAUGUACAUUACGUUAACUAUAGUAAACACAUUUCUUGCAUAAAUGCAUUCCAUCACAUUUUUAAGUAAAGAGAAAAUACAUUAAAGCUGUUCCAUAACAGUCGCAAUCUACCAGUUUGUCAGUGAUUUUGAGCCCGUCAUGUAGUUUGAAUAGUGGAACAGUAAAACUGAAACUGUCAGCUAUAUUAUAAUGACAAAUGUAAAUAUGAUUUUAUGACUUAUUGUAUGUGCUAUAAUAAUACUAUGACUUCUUUUGAAACGUUCAAUAAAUGCCUUAUAAUCAAAUGAGGUUUUGAGGUUGAAAAAGACAUUUUACGUUCAUUAAUUUAAAUAAGUAUUAAAAUAUUUAA